AUGAGUGCUAUGGACACCGACGAGCUACCGGUUGUCUUGCCAUCAACUACCACAUCUGGUCUUUCGAUAGCUCUCCAUCCUCUCCCUAUCCUCAACAUCUCCGAGCAUCUAACCCGUUUGAAAUUACAAACAAAGUCGAAUGUCCCCUUUGUCCUUGGUGCGCUCCUUGGUACGCAGAAUGGACGCGAAGUAGAGAUUGUGAAUACUUUCGAGCUUGCCGUCGGUGAAGACGGCGUCACUGUAGAUCAAGCUUUCCUACUCGAUCGCAAGGAACAGUAUAAGCAGGUCUUUCCUUCUCUCGAAUUCAUUGGGUGGUAUACUGUCGCCACACGGCCGACUGCCGUCCACAUCGCGCUUCAUGAACAAUUCACGCCAUACAGUUCGACGCCGCUACUUCUAAUCCUCCAGCCUUCUACCGUCUUCGCCGCUUCGUCUGAUAUUACGGCGCAGCCUCUUCCGAUCAAGGCAUAUGAACCAACCAUCGAGAUCCGUGACCGCAAGUCUCGCUCCGUCUUUGUUGAGGCGCCGUACACCGUCGAAACAGGAGAGGCUGAGCGCAUCGCAGUAGAUUGGACGGCAAAGGGAGGGGAAGGGGAUAACAGUUUGGAAUCGCAUCUGAAUUCACAGCGUGCCGCAGUGAAGAUGCUCCAUGAGCGAAUCCUAGUUUUGGUGAAGUACGUCGGAGACGUGAUUGCGGGCCAAGCGGAGAAGGACCAUGCGACGUUACGCUCUUUGUCCGCUCUAGUUGCUUCGCUACCAGCAAAUGAGCACAAAGGCUUCCGGGAAGAAUUCGACACCGAGUACGAAGACGUCCAGCUCACUGCCUACUUGGCGGCAUUGACCAAAUCCGCCAACAUCCUCAACGAUUUGGUCGACAAACACAAUGUGCUUACAGCAAUACGGGAAGACCGGGGCCCAGGUGGCUCCCGAAGACGGGGUUUGGGGAUGGGGAUGAUGGGGAUGGGCGGUCUUGGAAUGGGCCGAGAUUGGGACCGUUUUCAUUGA